CCCCUUCCUUAUACCUCUUCUCUCAUACAAGAUGUCAGUUUUAAAACCCCCCCCUCUCCCCACUCCCACCCCAGUUCUCUCCCUCCACCUCUGGCCACCAAAGCCGCCCGCAAGAGCGCCCCGGCCACCGGCGGAGUGAAGAAGCCUCACCGCUACAGGCCCGGCACCGUGGCUCUCCGAGAGAUCCGCCGCUACCAGAAAUCCACCGAGCUGCUCAUCCGCAAGCUGCCCUUCCAGCGCCUCGUCCGAGAGAUCGCCCAGGACUUCAAGACCGACCUGCGCUUCCAGAGCUCCGCCGUCAUGGCUCUGCAGGAGGCCGCAGAGGCUUAUCUCGUCGGACUCUUCGAGGACACCAACCUCUGCGCCAUCCACGCCAAGAGGGUCACCAUCAUGCCCAAAGACAUCCAGCUGGCACGCCGCAUCCGCGGAGAGAGGGCCUAG